GCGAGAAACAGUCAAUGGCACUUUUACUAAGGCUGAGGGAAAUUGGUGCCCGACUGUGACAGUGAUUUAAACGAUGGGAACUAUAAGCACAAGCAGGCACCAGCGUCUCUGCAAACAUAUGAAGAUAACCUCAACACACUAAUUACAACCGACUGUUUUGGGGCUGCAGAGACGGGAUUUCUGGAGCGCGGAGGCCGUGCGAGUCUCCGCGGCAGCAGAAUGAAUCCACUUGGCCAGUGAAGUGUCAAGGUGGAGAUUGGUGAAUUCUGUCAUCAUGAAUGGCAGCACCAGUGUGUCUGGCACCCAGGCAGGACGAAUCAAAAUUGAGUCAAAUGCAGAUACAUGGAGCAAAGAAGACUGCAUGACACUGCUGGAGAGGAUACGCAGUCUGUUACCUGAUGGAGACACAAUGAAGUAUAAAACCACAGAGUCUCAUUUUGACUGGGAGAAGGUGGGGUUUGGGGCUUUCACUGGAGACAUGUGUAAGCAGAAAUGGCAGAAAGUUUCCACAGAGGUACGUAAAUACAGAACGAUGACAGAGCUCAUUGUUGAUGCUAUUGAAUAUGUGAAGAACCCUUAUAAGGGGAAAAAAUUGAAGACACAUCCAGACUUCCCAAAGAAACCCCUUACUCCCUACUUUCGCUUCUUUAUGGAGAAGCGAGCCAAGUAUGCAAAAAUCCACCCCGAGAUGAGCAACUUGGAUCUCACCAAGAUUCUGUCCAAAAAAUACAAAGAGCUUCCUGAAAAGAAAAAGCUCAAGUACAUUCAAGAAUUCCAGAGAGAGAAAGAGUCUUUUGAGAAGAACAUGGCACGGUUCAAGGAGGACCACCCAGAUUUAAUAGAGGAGAGAAAGAAGUCAGACCUCCCAGAGAAGCCCAAGACCCCUCAGCAGCUAUGGUACAACCAUGAGAAGAAAGCCUACAUGAAAAUUCACCCAGAGGUAAGCCAGAAGGAGCUGAAGGAAGUAUUACGUAGACAGUGGUCCCAAUUACCCGACAAAAAGAGGCUGAAAUGGAUAAGCAAAGCUCUAGAGCUGCAGAAACACUACGAGGAAAGCAUGAGAGUAUAUUUUGAAGCUCAUCCAGAUGCAAACUCUGAUGAGCACGUCAAGUCUGUCUUAACCAAGGCUGAACGGCAGCUCAAGGACAAGUUUGAUGGCCGGCCAACCAAACCACCACCAAAUGGCUAUUCGCUGUACUGUGCUGAACUAAUGGUAAACAUGAAGGACGUGCCAAGCACGGAGCGAAUGGUGCUAUGCAGUAAGCAGUGGAAGAUGAUGACCCAGAAAGAGAAGGACAUGUUCCAGAAACGAUGUGAACAGAAAAAGAAACAGUAUGAGAUUGACCUUCAGAGGUUUAUUGAGAGUCUCCCAGAAGAGGAGAGGGAGCGUGUGUGUGGAGAGGAGAAGCUGGGAGGAAAGCUGAGCAUAGGGGGUGCAGGCAGCCCCCUGAGGGCCAAAUCCCCAUGUGUGAAGGAACGGUGUCGUGACCCCGAGCUGGAUCAAUGGGGGCAUGGCCUUUCAAAAGAGAAGCGAGACAAUAAGAAUAAGAAAACACGGCUCCCUGAAACACCGAAGACUCCAGAGGAGAUGUGGCAGCAGAGCGUGAUAGGAGACUAUCUGGCUAAAUACAGAAAUGACCGGAAGAAAGCGCAAAAUGCAAUGGAUGCUGCUUGGAAGGCCAUGGAAAAGAAGGAGAAGAUUCCUUGGAUCAAGAAGGCUGCAGAGGACCAGAAGAGAUACGAGGUUCAGUACCGGACCGUGAGGGAGCUUUUAGAGAUGAGGACAGUUCUGUCAGGACAGGGACAAAGAAAACCAAAAUUUGAUGGCGAGCCUAAGAAGCCCCCGGUGAGUGGGUAUCAAAUGUUCUCUCAGGAACUCCUAACUAACGGUGAGCUGAAUCACUUCAGCCUGAAAGAGCGCAUGGUGGAGAUCGGCAAGCGAUGGCACAAGCUUAGUCAGAGCCAGAAAGACAAAUAUAAAAAACAGGUGGAGGAACAACAGCUAGAGUACAAAGCUGAGCUUGAGGCUUGGGUAAAGUCACUGUCCCCUCAGGAGCGUGCGGUUUAUAAAGAGUUCUCCACUACGAAACGGCGAAGCACGACAAAAGCACGGGGUCCUGGGGCGAAAGUCCGAGUCACCAAAGCGAAGGCGGUAGGUGCCAGACCCGUGACGGUGGGUCCUGGGGGGGGCAAGCGUUCCAUGGCGUACCGGGCCAAGCAGGACACGUCGGACUCCGAUGACGAUGAUGACAAAACAGACACCUCAGACUCAGAGGAUGACGAUGAUGAGUCAUCUGGCAGCACUGAUAGUGAUGACGAUGAUGAAGAUGAUGAGAAUGAAGAUGACGACGAUGAUGAUGACCGGUCGGACGGCUCCAGCAGUUCAUCAUCAGAAGAUAGUAGUGACUCUGAUUCAGACUAACCUGUCCCACCCCCUCUUAGAGGGGGCUGUGCCGGACACGCCCCCUUGUAAUACCCCUCCCAGAAAACAGGGAGGGGGUUCAGUAGCUGUGAGCUCACAGCAUGCAGUAAUCUUGCUCCCUAUCUUUACAGGGCAAGAGACAAUAUGGGGGCCAACAGCUCUCCCCAUCACUACGUCCAUGCAACAGACUUAGUCAAUCAGACAACUUUCUUUGUUGUUUUUUCUUUUAAUGGAGCUGUGUUACAUGUGUGGUAAUCGCAUCAAUUUUUAUUGCCUUUAUAUAGGUGUGUUAUUAAAAUCUGUGUUGGUUGUUUUUUUGUUCUUUUUAUUUUAACUUGAAAAUAGUUUGUUCAAAGCUAGUGGAGCUUUUAUAAGUUUCGAAAGUAUCAGGGUUGCUUGGAGGUGGAUGUUGGGGUUAAAAGACUUUGGAAUGGAGAUGAAAUCCCCUGUUCUCCUGUUUAUAUUUGUUUGCCUCAGCUAGUUGCCGGAGCGCUGAGGACUAUACGAGCUGCUCAAGUCUUGUUUAGAACGUUCUGUUGCAGAUCCUCCAUAAUAAAUGCACUUUUUCCCCUCUUGUA